CUUGUCUCCUGUCACCAUGGUCCUCCACUCACGCUCGUACGUCUUUGACGCUCGCCCGGACUACCCCUUGCUGGUCUCCGUCAAGCGCUACUGGGAUCCGAAAACAUCAUCGGACGCGCCGGACACGCUCACCCUCGUCUGGACUCACGCGACGGGCUUCCACAAUGAGAUUUCCGAGCCCGCAAUGGAGGAUCUGUACGCGUUACCUGGCCUUAAGAUACACGACAUGUGGGCUAUCGAGUGCCCAAACCACGGCGCGUCGGCCGCAUUAAACGAGCGCGAGCUGCAGUUUGGCUACGAGCCUAUGUUUGGCUGGAGUGAAUACGCGCGCUCAGUGCAUCUGGUCCUGACAGGUCAGGGUAAGGGCAUCGACGUCGAUUUUAGCCAGCGCCGCCUCGCCGGUAUCGGGCAGUCGAUGGGUGCAGUAGCGCUUGAGCUGUCACUCACGUAUACGCCGCGUGUGGUCUACGAUUCUCUCAUACUGGUCGAACCGAUGGUCAUGAACCGCGAAGCCGCGGCUGGCCCUCAUCAUUUCUUGGUCAACAGCGCACGCAACCGACGUGAUAUUUGGCCGAGCAAGCCUGAAGCGUACACCCUCUUGAAGAGUCGCAGCUGGAAGACCUGGGACGAUAGAGUCGUGCGACUGUUUGUGGAGCACGGUCUGCGUAGUCUGCCCACGCUCGAGUACCCGGACAAGACUGAAGGCGUCACUUUGGCAUGCGUGAAGAGGCAGGAGGCUGCGACCUACGAAGAUCCUCUCGGCGUCUCUCGUGCAUACGGUUUCUUGAAGCACGGCGUCAAACGUGUUCCGACGCACAUAAUCUACGGGGCCGUGGACGACUAUCUACCUGCCUUCGUCAAGGACGACGUGAUCAACAACGCGAUAGGCGGUGUGCAGUACCUUGCCUCAUUGUCUCGCGUUGAGAAUGCCGGACAUCUCGUGGUGCAAACGAGUCCACAAGAAUUAGCGGGGGCGAUACACCGAUGUCUCCAGUCGCAAGCGAAGAAAUCAAAGUUAUGAUAGGAUAUUCGGCAGAUGACUUAAAGAUCUUUGGCUUACCCAAUGAUACGAGUAAUGGAGCGCUCGCUCAAUGGCCGUAGCGCUUGUAAGGAGGAUCACUCCACGUUGAUAUAUUGGCUGUUCUUUCGC